GUUGCAGCCAACGACUGCACCACGCUCUAGUUUAUCCUAUAUAUAGCUCCUUUAUAUAUUUAAUCGCGGGAAAUAAACACGCACACACGCAUACACAAAAUUACGCGAAUUCUUCCAUUUUUUUCGGUCUAAAUUAAACAAUAAAUAAAUUUAAAUAAAUUAUUAAAUAAAUAAUUUAUUUCUAUAAAUAUUUGUGUUGAUAAGAAUUUUAUUUCAAGUGUCAAUUAAAUUGUGAAUGAUGUGAUUAAAUUGAAACUAAAAAUACUUUUGUUUCUGUAUAGUUAAAUCGCAGUCGAUGAGCUUUAUUUCAAAUCGAAGGAUUAAGGAUUAAGACCAAAGGAUUAAGAGCGGAAUUAGUGAAAUAUUUAUAGGACAUUUUGCAGAGAAGGAUUUUGUUUUCACAUUCAUGGAUUUCCUGCCGGAAAUUGAUAAUUUGUUCUGAGAAUAAUUGUGUCGAAUUGAACUCUUCCUGUGAUCAUCGACAUUAAAUUACUGCAUUAUUCGUAAACAACAAACGGAGAGAUCAUAGAAGUCAAAAAGUGCUUAGUAAUAAUUAGAAAUUUUUUUUGAAAGUCAACAAGAAGAGAAUAAGGGCCAUCAAUACGGAUUAAAGAUAAAGAGAAGAUUAAAGAACAAAAGUAGAGGAUUAAAGGAAAGGUUGAAGAUUGCACAAAGUCGUCAGUAAAGAUUAUAAAAGGCACCAGUAAAGAUUAAAACUCAAGUGGAGAAAAUAAGCUGAAUAGAAAAAAUACCACUAAAUACUUGUUUUGGAAAACAAGAUCAUUAGGAAUAUAAAGAAAAAUCUAAAAGUAAAGAGGAGAGAAAAACGAAAGAGUAGUUUUUCAAAAAGCGAGAAAAUUGUUUCUUAUAGUUUGAAUAAAAAUAUUACAGAUUCGAAAGGUUAUUUAGAAAACAAAAUUAAGAAACAAAAUUGCGAAAGAAAAUUGGAAAACAAAAUUAACUGCAGUAUAAUUUGAAUUAAUCCCCAAGGAAGUUGGAAGCAAAGGUAAAUACCAGAAAUUAAAUGUAAAAUUUGAAUUGCUUUCACAAAAAGGCGAAAUAUUCCUUGCAAACUUUUCGAGGCGAAAUAAUAAUAAUUAGUAAAAAAAAAUACGAAAUUUUCCUAAAUAUCGAUAAAGACGAAGAAAUAAACUAAAAAAUUGAUUUUGUAUUAUCACCCAAAAAAGAAAAAUUAGUAAAGUGUAAAUUUAUAUAUUCAUUCGAUCCGCAAAGAAUUUUCAAAGGCAGAGACGCAACGACAACCGUCGGCGCUUCGCCCAAAGAUUCAAUUUAUUUUCCAGUAAAAAAAACAAACACAUUUACGAAAAAAUUUAUCACCAUACAAAGCAAAUCAGUGGCUAAAAAUCCCAAUUAUCCGAGUCUAAUUUUUCGAAAAAAAAAUUAAAACUUCUUCAAUAAAAUAUAUCUCUAUUUAAUUCAAAUUAUUUUCCCCCCGGGCUCUUUUGAUUUAGCGAAUCAAAGUACAUAUAAUAAAGGCAAACCAAGAAAUUCACUUAUCGUUCUUUGGGAUUUCUUGGUUGUGUGCGACUACGCGAAUAAGACUAAUUAAUUACCGGCGGCUGGGCGGUCGCGCGCGCACGUGACAAUUAAUUAUUUAAAUAGACUUUCAAAGUCGUGUGUGAGAAGCGAAGAGAAAGAAAAAAUAUAACGAGAAGGAGGCUGCACUAUAUACAUGUAUAUAUAAAUCCUUGACGAAGAAUCAACAAAAAAACAAAAGAGAGAAAAAAAAGAAAGAAACGUAUACGAGUGCGGAAAAAUUGCACGUGUUUAAUUUACCGCGCGACUUAGUUUAUCGGAUUCAACUGCCGAUGCCGGCCAUGUCAACCUCAAACUGAUUAUAUACGAUUUUUCUGGGGAGGAUGUUCCACGGUAGCGGAAGCGGCGGGUACGGCGCAAGUUCCGAUUAUCAACAACAAUCGCAACAACAGCAACAACAACAGGGACACCAACUUCAGGCCCCAGUUUAUGUGCCAUCGUCGAGACCGGCCAUUCCCUCUGCAGCCACAGCCGCACAAUAUCAUUCUUUCCCUACUUCCGCAUCGCCAGCAUGGGAUAAAACGGCUUCAUGGCAACAUGGGGUGGACAGUUACGCACACCACACAUUGGCUGGCCAUACGGGCAGUUCAGCUGGUGGAUUGGGCCCACAUGGAGGACAUGGACAUCCACAUGGUGGACAUCCCCAUGCAGCUCAUCCCCAUUCAGCCCUUGCUGCCGCGAAUUCCCCCUUUUACGCGCAAAAUGUUGCGAUGAUGUCGUCAUGGAGGGCGUACGAUAGCGCGGGCUUUCAAAGAGCUUCACCUUAUGAUUCGUCAAUGGAAUUUCAAUUUGGCGAGGGUCGAGAAUGUGUAAAUUGCGGAGCAAUUUCCACACCCCUUUGGCGACGCGAUGGAACUGGUCAUUAUCUCUGUAAUGCAUGUGGUCUUUAUCACAAAAUGAAUGGCAUGAAUCGACCACUUAUUAAACCUUCCAAGCGAUUGGGUCAGAUCUCCGAAUUCCAGACUGCAACGAGACGACUCGGCCUUUGCUGUACAAAUUGCGGUACAAGAACAACGACAUUGUGGAGGCGCAACAAUGAGGGCGAGCCAGUUUGCAAUGCCUGCGGUCUCUACUUCAAACUACACGGCGUCAAUCGACCAUUGGCCAUGAGGAAGGACGGCAUUCAGACGAGAAAACGAAAACCAAAAAAAACACCCGAACCCAAUGCCCGUACAUCGCACACAGAGCAUGAAACUUCAGACUCAGCAUCCUCCCCAUCCAAUGAGGGCAAAAGAAGUCAGAGUCAGCAGCAGCAGCAGCAUCAGGCAGAUGUACCAAAAUCAAGUUCAUCGACAACGACGGAAAGACCCGUUUAUCUCGGUCACACAUCACUCCUUCCAACCGGAAGUACUCCAACCGUAAAAACGGAACCGCGAAGUUGUGAAGGUGUCGUCGCGCAACCAUAUUCAUCCUAUUAUCCUCAUCCUCAUCAAUUGAGUACACCGACAAGUGAACAUCAACAAUCUAGUUAUUACGGAGCUCAGGAAGCACCGUACCAUCAUCAGCAUCACGUCACUGCAGCAGCAAAAUUACUAGCCUCCUCUUAGUUCUCCCCAUACUUCAUUUUCACCUAAAAACAUAAUUUCAAGCAUAAAUUUACGUUUAUUAUCGAAAAAAAGAAAAUUAUUACCAACGAGAAAAAGUAUACAAUUUCAUUAUUUAAGCUAAAUAAAAUUACUAUUUUAUUCGCACGAAAAAAACUCAAAAUGUUAAUUUCGAAAUAGAAAAAAAUUCAAAAAAUGAAUUUCAAAAUUGAAAUUUAUAAUUUUUAAAAUUCAUUUAAAUUUCGAAAUCUUUGGAAAAUUCAAUUUUUCGAUUAUCAUUUCCCUCGAUUCAUCGAAUGCAAUUUCUCUUGACGAAUGAAUGAUGCAAAUGCAUUAAAAUGUUAAAAAGUGUCCUUAAUGUUUUCUUUGUCUCUUCUUUUUUUUUUAUUUGUAGAGUGGCACGAAAAAUCGACGAGAUUUACGGCCGCAGAAACCAGUUUGAGAUAUUCAAUUCCUAAUGCUGACUCGCGAUGUGUGAUAUUUAAAUUAUUUAAAGGCACUCUACACUCUACUCCUGUGUUUCUUUUUUUAUUUUUUAUUUUUGUUGUUUCUUUUUUAUUGUAAAGAGAAAAAGAAUUUGUACGGGAGAGACGAAAAAGAAGAAGAAAUAACGAUAAUGGAAUAUAUCGUAUCAUUCCAGGCGAAUUCUUUUUCUAUAAAAAAAAGGAGAAAAAAAAAUUGUAUAAAAUUUAUUAUUAUAACGCUCGAUUUUAUUCUUCGCCUAUCACGAGCGAUAUUUAGAGGCUGAUUAAGUAGUACAAAACGCUCGUGAUUGGUCAAUGAACUUCUUUUGCUUUUUAUAAAGCGCACUCUUUAAAAAAAGAAAAAAGCAAUAUUAUAUAUACGGUCCGUCCCAUUUUUGCUGAUACUUAAACGAAAUCAAUUAAACAAAACAAAAAUAAAAAUACACUCAAGACAAUUUUUUUGUUAAUUUGAAUAUAUACCUAAACAAAAAGGUGAAAAAUUUGUCCUUAUGUUAAAAAUAAACUCAGUUGUUUAAAGAAA